AUGGCGACGCCCAGAUCAAGCUCAGGCUCCGCUCGAGGGGAAGACGCCGAGCCGAGCCCAGCUGGCAAGGCCCUCCUCCUCGACCCCACCACCGCCGCCGCCGCAUCCUACUACCUCUCAGACUCAUCCCACCAGCCAUCGAUGUCCUCGUCCCUCGACCAGCAGCCCACAGCCGACCCCACACCCACAACAACCACAGCCACAACCCCGCUCAGCCCAGUCUCGCCCAGCGGCCCCGGGAACGGAACCAUCACCGAGCCAGCCAAGCCCAAGAAAGACCGCAGAGAGACAACGAUCAAGAGCGUCUUUGGCGGAUUCGUCAGCUCCGUCAACGAUCUGCUGUCCAACCAGAAAAAAGUCGAGGUCUCCGCACCCUACGACCCAGUCCAUCUCACCCAUGUCGGAUUCAACUCGAACACGGGUGAGUUCACAGGCUUGCCCAAGGAGUGGCAGAUCAGACUCCAGGAAUCAGGCAUCUCCCGCCAGGAACAGGAAGCCCAUCCCCAGGCCGUCAAGGACAUCGUCGCCUUCUACCAGGAUGCCACCAAGAUCGAUGGCGAGCUGCAGUUCGACGACGUCUGGCAAAAGUUCGGCCACAUCGCUGAGCCCGAGCCACUCAAGGACCCCUCGGCCGUCGUCUUCGAGAACCCGCGAUCCGCCCCACCUCCUCCAUCUUCCCGUCCCGCCAUCGCCUCUCGCUCUCAAACCACCCUCCCAUCGACCAGCCCCAAUGCCAUCCCUCCAUCGAGCUCGAUGAGCAGACGGCCCUCCGAAGCCACCCCUCCCGUCUCGUCGCCCGUCCAGCUCACCAGCUCCAAAUCCUUUGCCGGCCGCCCCUCGAAAUCCAAAGCACGCCCAAACUCACUAGACGCCCCCUCCAUCCACGCCCUCCAGACCGACGAGCCCAACACACAUUCGAGCCAGCAGCAGCACCACCACCACCACCACCAGCAGCAGCAGCAGCAGCCCCCACUCGAUCGCUCGAAAUCCUACCGAAGUACGACCAACCCCCACUCCAAAUCAUCCUCCCACCACCACCACCAACAACACCCUCAUCCUAACAACUGGUCCAUCCAACCCAGUCCCGCCAAACUCAACAACACCCUCGCAAAAGGUAUACCGAUACCCAUCCCCCAGAGACCCGCCCCCCCUAAACCAUCCAGCUCAUCCAAACUAGCCAAGUCCAGCUCGGUCAAAGUCUCAGCCUCCUCCUCCUCCGCCUCCUCCUCCCCUCACCAGGUGCCCUCAUCGGUCCCUCGGAAACGCGAACAGAAAUCUUCCAAAGUCUCCGAUCAGGAAAUCGUCGCCCGGCUCAAGGCCAUCUGUACCGAUGCCGACCCUACCAAACUCUACCGAAACCUCGUCAAGAUCGGCCAAGGUGCAUCCGGAGGCGUCUACACGGCAUAUCAGGUCGGAACAAACUCACUAGUGGCGAUCAAGCAGAUGAAUCUAGAGCAACAGCCGAAGAAGGACCUCAUCAUCAACGAGAUCGUCGUCAUGAAGUCGUCCACCCACCCGAACAUCGUCAACUUCAUCGACUCCUUCCUGCUCAAGGGCGACCUCUGGGUGGUCAUGGAGUACAUGGAGGGGGGCUCGCUCACCGACGUGGUCACCUGCAACAUCAUGACCGAGGGCCAGAUCGCCGCCGUCUCCAAGGAGGUCCUCCACGGCCUCUAUCAUCUCCACUCCCACGGGGUCAUCCAUCGGGACAUCAAGUCCGACAACGUCCUCCUCUCUCUCCAGGGGGACGUCAAGCUGACCGACUUCGGCUUCUGCGCCCAGAUCAACGAGGGUCAUGCUAAGCGGACCACCAUGGUCGGCACGCCUUAUUGGAUGGCCCCCGAGGUCGUCACGCGCAAGGAGUACGGGCCGAAGGUGGACAUCUGGUCCUUAGGGAUCAUGUGUAUCGAGAUGGUUGAGGGCGAGCCGCCAUACCUGGCCGACAACCCGCUCAGGGCGCUUUAUCUGAUCGCGACCAACGGGACUCCCAAGCUGGAUAAAACCAAGUACUCGAGCCUGUUGCUCGACUUCCUCAGCUUCGCCUUGGAGGUCCAGGUGGACCGGCGCCCGGACUCGGUCGGCCUGCUGAACCAUAAAUUCAUCAUCCAUCACUGCGCCUCCGCCUCCAACAAAAACUCCAAGCUCGAUCAUCUGAGGUCUCUUGGCCCUCUCAUCAAGGCCGCCAGACAACAAGCCAAAGGAAAAUAA